GUCACUUGGACGAGCGGUAGGAGAGAGUGGAGGAGCCGGACAGGUUGGAGCAGGCAGGGAAGAGCGAGAGGUAACAUAAGUAUUUGAGAAUUGGCAUGGAGUUUGUUCGUAACCGUGAUGCACACCCUUGGCCUGGACAUGAACUUGAGUUUGGUUUGGUUGGAACCGUGGCGGGCUUUGUCGUCUAUGCCGUCAUUGCGUGGUUGAUCAAGGCCGUGACCGGGAUCCCAUGGCGGAGUGGGGAUUUGGAGAAGGACGCGGCAAGGAAGAUCAAGCCUCGGUUCAAAGCCCUUAGUAUCCUUGACCAGGAUGCGUUGUAUGGUAUGCACUGGGAGCUGCGCUCGUGCAUCCAUUCGCUCACAGCUCCAUAUCUCGCGCUGUGGAUCAUGGUCUACGCAUCGCCCGAGAUCCUCGUCGAUCCUGUGACUACCACCUCGUGGUACAUGGUCCUUCUCCUCUCUGUCGACGUCGGCUACUACUGCUAUGACAUGUUUUGGAUGGUCUACUACAAGGGCGAGUUUGACAUCAUCUUCUUUGCCCAUCACGUGGUGGCCCUCUCGACCUACGGCCCGGUCCUCUUCACCGGCACCUUUGUCGGCAUCGGUGCCGUCACGUACCUCUACCACAUCCCAACUGUUGUCGGCAACAUCCUGACGUACUACACCAAUGCGCGAAAGGAGCGGUCCAUCGGCCACAAACUGUUUACUGCCUUCAUUCUCCUCCUCUGGAUCCCGUGCCGGUUCGGAGCAACGGUGGCAACAGGCUACGUGGUCUACGUCCACUGGACCGUCAUCUCGCUCAUGCCCAAGUUCCAGAUCUUCUCGGUUAUCGUCUUUGCUGUUGGCUUUAUGGCGCUCUUCAACACCGUUGCCUUUGUGCAGUACUCGCAGCGUCUCAUGCGGUCGUUUGGGUCCGAGAGAAAGGUCGAGGAGACCAAGCAGGAUUGAAGGCAACGGCCAGAC